GUUAAAUUUUGUUGUUCAGAAUAAAUGAAAAAGCUUUGUAAUCAAACCGUAUCCGUUUCCAGAACUUCCUCAACUCAACCAUUUCUUCUCUUCUUCUCUCCGCCGCUGGAUCUCUUCAAUCAUUUCAUCAUCUUCCUCCGUCUCUAAUCUUUCCUUUCAUUUUCAGAAAUGUCGAUGAGAACUGUCAAGGUCAGCAAUAUCUCAAAAGUUACUUCUGAGAGAGAUAUCAAAGAAUUCUUCUCAUUCUCUGGUGAAAUCCUAUAUGUUGAAAUGCAAAGAGAAACUGAAAAUACUCAGGUUGCUUAUGUUACUUAUAAGGAUUCUCAAGGAGCUGAUACAGCAAUACUUUUGACAGGAGCAAAAAUUGGUGAUUUGUCUGUAACAAUUACUUUGGUCGAGAAUUACCAUCUUCCGCCUGAAGCAAUGUCAUCAAUCCUGGAUAAAAAGCAAACGGUUAUCGGGAUUGCUCCGAAUCAGGCUGAAGAUGUUGUAAGUACAAUGCUUGCUAAGGGUUUCAUCUUGGGGAAGGAUGCUCUAAACAAAGCAAAAGCAUUCGACGAACGACUUCAAUUGACAUCAAAUGCUUCAGCAACCGUCGCUUCCAUUGACCGCAAGAUGGGAAUAACCGAAAAAAUAACCGCAGGGACAGCAGUAGUGAAUGAAAAGGUCAGGGAGAUGGAUGAAAUGUUCCAAGUUACAGAAAAGACGAAAUCCGCCCUUGCAGUUGCCGAGCAGAAGGCAACGAGUGCUGGAACUGCACUUAUGAGCAAUUAUUAUGUGUUAACUGGAGCAGCAUGGUUUUCAAAUGCUGUUACUGCAGUUACAAAAGCUGCUGAGGAAGUGACCCAAAUGACAAAGGUAAAAGUCGAGAAAGCCGAGGAGGAGAAAAAGGAGAGUAUAUACCGCGAAAGAACUGGGAUCAUCAAUAACUUCGCCGAGCUCCAUCUCGACGAGCCUUUACCCGGGGAGCCUGCUAUUGUUCCAGUUAAUUCAGCAGAUAGAUAGAUAGACAGUAAGUUGGUGAAAUUCAUAUGCAUGAAGAAAAACCUACACUUGUGAAUUACAAUGCUUCUUCUUCCCCACAUUGUUGUAUGAUAUUAUACAUUUUCAUUUAGAGGUGCUCCAAUUACAGAGUUUACUUCUUUCUACAGUUGUUCCUUCUCUGGAUGUUGAAAUGUUGUGACAUUCUUUUGAGUAGAAAAAUUGCUUAUUGAA